AUGGAUGUCAAAGACAAAAACCUCGAAAUCCAACCUGUGGAAAGCCAGCAACACGGCACACUCCUGGAAGUCAAUGAGUUAACUCACAAGUAUGGACAGACCCAGCGCGGUCUCAAACCCCGUCAUGUACAACUUAUGGCUAUCGGCGGUUCUAUCGGCACUGCGCUAUGGGUUGGUAUCGGCGGCUACCUCAGCCAAGCUGGACCACUCUCCUGUGUCUUGGGGUUUACAUUCUGGGGAAUCUUUUUUAUCUGGCCCACGUACUUGUGCGUUGCCGAGGUGUUGUCAUAUCUUCCCGUUCGCGGCUCCAUUUUCGAACUCGCCUCUCGCUUUGUCGAUCCUGCUGUUGGGUUUAGCAUGGGCUGGACCUAUUUCUUUGGCACAUCUAUGCUUGUUUGCGUCGAGUACAGUGCAGUUGCAGCCGUGAUAGAAUAUUGGGAUAGCACAACUAAUGCUGCUGCAUGGAUCGCCUUGUCGAUGGGUAUUUGCUUAUUUCUCAAUAUCAUUGCCGUCAAAUGGUUUGGCGAGGCCGAGUUUAUUAUGGCUAUAACUAAAGUGUUCUUGCUUGUCCUCCUUGUUGUUAUCACUGUUAUAACAAUGUCAGGUGGCAAUCCCCAAGGGUUUGCCUAUGGGUUCAGCAACUGGGAUGCCGGAGCCAUGCACGAGUACUACGCCAAAGGUGCCGCCGGAAAGUUCCUUGGCUGGUGGUCUGUCGUCAUUUAUGCAGGAUUUUGCAUCGCGGGACCUGAUAUGAUUGCCCUCGCGGCCGGUGAAAUCCAGAACCCUCGUCGAACUAUCCCUCGAGUCGCACCCGUUGCGUCUGGUGCUUCUGGUGCUGCUGCUAGCCCAUGGGUGAUUGGUAUCCAGAAUCUUGGAAUUUCAUUCCUACCUCAUUUCAUCAACGCUCUUAUACUUCUGUCGGCGAUUUCCUGUGGUAAUGCUUAUGUUUUUGCAUGCACGCGAACCCUCUAUGGACUUGCCAGAGAUGGCCAAGCUCCGAGGUUCUUGUUGAAAUGCACUAAAACUGGCGUUCCUAUCUAUUGCGUCGCAGUUGUUUUCCUUAUAUCUUGCAUAACCUUCCUUGUGGCAUCAAACUCCGCGAUAGAGGUCUUUUUCUGGUUCGUCGACCUAACCACCACCGCUUUCAUCGCUACGUACACUUUUAUGCUACUUACAUAUAUUGGAUUCUACCGUGCCCGUAAAGCUCAGGGUCUCACAGACGAUGCACUUUAUUACGUGGCGCCUUUUACACCAUAUACCCCCAUCAUGGCGCUAGUUAUAGGUUGCACGGCGAUCUUCUUCGUCGGUUUUGAUGUCCUCAGCCCAUUCAACACACGAGGAUUCGUCACUCGUUAUUUUGCCGUCGCAUUCAUCCUUGUCAUGUAUGUAAUUGGCAAGAUUGAGUACCUCAGACAGGGUAGGGGCUGGGUUGAACCAGAAAAUGCGGACUUGAUUACUGGAAAGGCUGAAAUUGAUGAGGAAUGCAGGCAAUGGGAGGAAGGAGGUAUUGAGGACGUUGAGAAGGCUAGGUUGACUAAGAUGAAUUGGCUUAGGAGAACAGCAGAGAAAAUGUGGUAG